AUGCAUAUUGUUGUGAUCCGUAGCUUACGCCUUGCCUCCAGGUGUCGUGCUGGCGACCGGGUUCAGAGCGCUCAUAUCGAAGGUGGCCGAGCACUGGUACGAGCUCUACAAGAUGGACAAGCAGGGGGCCAACCUCUGGUUCAUCUACUGGUGGGAGGACAAGGUCUCAGGGUUCUGAGGCUGCAGCCUGGGCACAGGUACUGCCUCCUCGGCCAGCUCUCCAAGGAGGUCGGAUGGAACUACGCCGACACCAUCAGGAUGUUCGGGAUGGCGGAGAAGGAGAUGGAGUACCGGGUCGAGCUUUUCAACCGGCGAAUUUGGGGCUGAGGAAAGAAGACGAGGAGCAACUUCUCUCUGGUCUGGUGGUUGGAACUUCAGGACAAGGUGAAGGUUUUCAAAUGUUGAAGGAGCAGGACAAUAGGAACUUCUGUGAUGUCUUGUCAUCUAUUUUCUUUUCUUUUCUGUAGAAUAGUUUUGUUUGGCACUUACUGGUACCUUGGAUGUAAAGAUAUGUACUGCUAGAAC